AGAGCGUCGCCUCCCUCUUUGCUUUAAUCCCUGAGCCUGGACUGCAGAGAGACUGAGGUCCGUCUCAUCCACAUCCACCUGCGUGCUACUGCAGCACAGCAGUACACUGAGCGUGUCCUGACUGCACCCCAGGACAGAUGCCAAUUUCACACUCCCCCAAAAUAACCACUGCCUUGCCUUCCCACCGCACUGGUUAAAAUCAUCGCUGUUUAUUGCGAUAGGUAGCUUCCCAAGUAGCAAAGUUGCCCGCGAUGGACUCUAAGCGAGAUAAGGACCAAGAUGCAGACUGUGAGAAGAUUACUGCUGUGCUGCUCAAGUCACGUACAGGAGAAUUCGAUUUGGAGUCAAUACUGUUUCUCAAAUUGAGAGGUCUUGGGAUACAUGAUCUCGGCUGCAUUGGGGAGUGUGUAAAUCUGGAGAGACUGGACCUCUCCGGAAAUAAUAUCACAAAUUUGGCUCCUCUAGCAUCUCUUCGACUUCUGUCUGUACUCAAUUUGUCUGCCAACAGGAUUUCUAAUUUGAGUCCACUGCGCAGUUGUGACAGUUUACAGAACUUAAACGUGGCUGGUAAUAUCAUAUCCAGUAUUGAGAGCCUUCACUGCCUUCAGUCUUUGAGAAAGCUAGAAAAUAUACGUCUUAAAGACAACACGUACAAUUACACCAAUCCAGUGUGCAGGAACACAUCCUAUAGAACCAUAGUCCUGGAGAUGUUUCCCAACAUUAAGGUGCUGGAUGGUGAAAGAGUGGUCGGACGUGGGAGUGACUUGUACCAGUUGUGCAAAGACAUUGAUGAUACCAUCAAAGCUGGUUUAUACAAGAAUGGACAGCUUAUUGAACAUCCUGACUGCAAACCAUGGGUGGAAGAUAGUUACUGGGAGAUAAAGAGAUCAAACAAUGCCAUUAUUGAAGAAGCCUACAAACAGUUUAACGAUGUUCUUCAUGAAUGCAGACUCCUCAACAACAGAGCCACUCAUGUGAUUUCACAAACUGAAAGAUCGAUGAGCUUGAAGAAGCAGCCGAAGCAGUUUGCUAUCUGAAUUUGGACACAUCUGUGUGCGACAUUUAACAACUUUUUUGUUGUAUGAUAUAUUAUGACUAAUGUACUGUAGGUUUUUCAAAUUGCUAAGCUAUAUCCAAAUGCUAGAUAAGUAUCAUUGCCAGACACACAAUGCUCUGUGUCGCAGUGUGAGGCAUUUGUUGAAAUUUUAUCGCAUCCUAUGCAUUGGGUAUCAGACGAUACAUCCAGUGGUUUGCAAACCUUUAUCCAUACUGACACCCCUCAGUUUGGUUCAAAGAUGUCUUUACUUGCACAGUGUGCAUUUUGUACCAUGUUGUAGCCCGCAUUUAUGCUGAGAGCUAUGCUGCUUAAGAAUUUCUAUAGGUUUUCAGUAAUCAAGAGCUCUUUUCCAUUUUGCAUUGCUGGAUAAUUUUGGGAGUUAAUGUGUCCCAUGCUGUAUGCUUUCUUGGUAUGUUGAACUUUUGCAAAAUGUGAUUGAAUGAUUGUUUCAGCUGUUUCUACUUGUUUUAUACCAUAAAGUUUAUUAUGUGUACGACCAACUUGUUGAAAAUACAGUGCUUAUAAAGGUGUAAA